ACAUCCAGGGAUGCCAUCUCUCUAAGAAUGAUGCAGGUCACAUGGUCAAGCGCCAGAGUCCUCAUCAUUUUCACCUUGCUGCAGUUUGUCCAGUCUGAGCUUUCGGAGGGUCCUUUGGUUCCAGACACGGGGACUCAGGAGGGGACUAGCAAUAGGGCCACAGAGGCCCCCACUGCAGAACACGAUGACGACAACUCUCUGGGCUACACAGGAUCCCGUCUGCGGCAGGAAGACUACGCACCCCGCAUUGUGGAACACCCCUCUGACCUGAUCGUAUCCAAGGGCGAACCGGCCACCCUAAACUGCAAGGCGGAGGGGCGACCCACCCCCACUGUGGAGUGGUACAAGGAUGGAGAGCGUGUGGAAACGGACCGGGACAACCCUCGAUCCCACCGCAUGCUCCUGCCCAGCGGCUCGCUCUUCUUCCUGCGUAUCGUACACGGCCGUCGCAGCAAACCCGACGAAGGCUCCUACGUUUGCGUGGCCCGUAACUACCUGGGAGAAGCGGUUAGCCACAACGCCUCACUGGAAGUAGCUAUUCUUCGAGAUGAUUUCAGACAGAACCCUGUGGACGUGAUGGUGGCGGCGGGUGAGCCAGCGGUCAUGGAGUGCCAGCCGCCCCGUGGGCACCCCGAACCCACCAUCUCCUGGAAGAAAGAUGGAGUCACUAUAGACGACAGAGACGAGAGGAUAACGAUACGAGGAGGAAAACUGAUGAUCACCAACACCAGAAAAACGGAUGCAGGGAAGUACGUGUGCGUGGGAACCAACAUGAUGGGGGAACGAGAGAGCGAGAUUGCAGAGUUGACUGUUCUCGAGAGGCCCAGUUUCUUACGAAAGCCGAGCAGUCAGUCUGUUCUGGUGGACCAGAGUGUGGAGUUCAGAUGUGAAGCUCAAGGAGACCCCGUGCCCACCAUCCGCUGGAGGAAAGAGGACGGAGAUCUUCCCAAGGGAAGGCAUGAGAUCUGGGAGGACCACACGCUCAAACUGAAGAGACUGACCUCAGGAGACGCCGGUACUUACACCUGUCAGGCGGAGAACAUGAUGGGGAAGACGGAGGCCAGCGCCACCCUCACCGUCCACGUUCCUCCUGUGUUCGUGGUGCGACCCAGGAAUCAAGUGGUCGGGAUGGGCCGCACCGUGACCUUUCAAUGCGAAGCCACAGGAAGUCCUCAGCCUGCCAUAUUUUGGCAGAAAGAAGGCAGUCAGAACCUUCUGUUCUCCUCUCAACCUCCUCCUCCCUCCAGUCGAUUCUCUGUCUCUCAGACGGGCGAUCUGACCAUCACAGCGGUGGAGCGUUCGGACGGCGGCUACUACAGCUGUCAGGCUCUGAACAUCGCUGGCAGUGUGAUCACCAAAGCCCUGCUGGAGGUUACAGACGUGAUCUCAGACAGACCUCCACCCGUCGUCCGCCAGGGUCCCACCAACCAGACCGUGGCUGUGGAUGGGACGGUGGUCCUGGGAUGCCAAGCCACCGGCACGCCGACUCCCACCAUCCUGUGGAGGAAAGACGGGGUCCUGGUGUCCACCCACGACUCUCGCCUCAAACAGCUGGACAUAGGAGCCCUGCAGAUCCGUUACGCCAAGCUGGGAGACACUGGCAUGUACACCUGCACCGCGUCCACCCCCAGCGGAGAGGCAUCUUGGAAGGCUUACCUGGAGGUGCAAGAGUUUGGCGCUCCGGUUCAGCCGGGCCGACCCACAGAUCCCAACCUCAUCCCCAGCGCCCCCUUCAAACCAGAAGUCACGGACGUCAGCCGCACCUCUGUGUCUCUGUCCUGGAAGCCCAAUCUGAAUGCUGGAGCCACGCCCACCUCUUACGUCAUAGAGGCCUUCAGCCAUGCGGCGGGCAGCAGCUGGCAGACGCUCGCGGAUCACGUGAAGACAGAGAGCUUCGUUCUGAAGGGUCUGAAGCCCAGCGGCGUCUACCUGUUCCUGGUGAGAGCGGCUAAUGCGUACGGCCUGAGCGAUCCGAGCCCCAUCAGCGACGCUGUCAAAACACAAGACGUCCCACCAACCAGUCAAGGAGUGGACCAUGGGCAGAUCCAGAGGGAGCUGGGAGAUGUUGUCAUUCACCUCCACAAUCCCACAAUUCUCUCAUCAUCUUCUGUCAGAAUCCAGUGGACUGUCGAGCAGCAGUCUCAGUACAUUCAGGGCUAUAAGGUGAUGUACCGGCCAUCCCCAGAGGGCGCUCAGCAGUGGGUGGAAUGGGCCAUGUUUGAGGUUCGAACCCUGGGGGAGAACAGCGCAAUCGUCACCCAGCUCAAGAAGGGCGUGACCUAUGAGUUCAAAGUCCGACCUUUCUUCAACGAGUUCCAAGGCACAGACAGCGACAUUAAAGUGGCCAGGACCCUGGAGGAAGCGCCCAGCGCUGCUCCCAGGGGGGUCACCGUAACGGGAAGCGGAGGCAACGGCACAGCUAUUCUGGUAUCCUGGCAACCACCCCCGGAGGAGGAGCAGAACGGCGUGGUGCAGGAAUAUAAGAUCUGGUGUCUGGGUAAUGAAAGCCGAUAUCACAUUAACCGCACGGUGGAUGGAUCCACACACUCGGUUCUGAUUCCCGGCCUGCUCGCAGGGGUCACGUACAGGGUGGAGGUGGCAGCCAGCACAGGGGCCGGUCCCGGGGUCAAGAGCGAGGCUACGUCCUUCCAGCUGGACUCGUCAGGCCGUGUUCUUCCGCCGCCGCUGGACGAUGACAAUACGAUUUCCCAGCAGAUCUCAGACGUGGUGCGUCAGCCGGCCUUCAUCGCGGGCCUCGGCGCGGCCUGCUGGAUCAUCCUCAUGGUCUUCAGCAUCUGGCUGUACCGCCACCGUAAGAAGAGGAACGGCCUCAGCAGCAGCUACGCCGGCAUCCGCAAAGUGCCCUCCUUCACCUUCACCCCCACAGUAGCCUAUCAGAGAGGAGGAGAGGCCGUCAGCAGUGCUGGAAGGCCAGGCUUGUUGAAUAUAGGUGAACCAGCUACCCAGCCCUGGCUUGCAGACACAUGGCCGAACAGCUGCUCCAAUCACAACGACUGCCCCAUCAACUGCUGCACCGGCAGCAACGGAAACAGCGACAGCAACCUGGCCACCUACAGCCGCCCAGCCGACUGCAUCGCCAACUACAGCAACCAGAUGGACAACAAGGCCAGCAACCUUCUAGCUCCCGACACGGGCCUUUACAGUGACGUGGACCUCUCCAACAAGAUCAACGAGAUGAAGACCUUCAACAGCCCCAACCUAAAGGACGGCCGUUUCGUGGGUCCUGGUGGUCAACCUACGCCCUACGCCACCACCCAGCUCAUCCAGUCCAGCCUGGCCAACAACAACGUGAACAGCAGCAGCGGCGGAAGUGGAGGAGGAAGUGCUGACCUUAAUGAGAAGCUGAGCUGGAAGAGCAGCCAGGGUACGCCUCAAAAACAGGCUGACAUCAACACGCCACUGCAGUAUAACGUCAUGGAGCAAAACAAACUGAACAAGGACCACUAUCGAGGUGAGGGGCCCGUCUCAGGCACCAUCCCCUAUAACCAGGCCCAGGACGUCCUCACAGGAGGAACCUACAGCAGCUCCGACAGGGGGAGCAGCACUUCUGGUAAGACAUCCAUCCAUCCAUCCAAUUACAGUUAUGACACAGACCAGCAGUGCCCUUUGCCGCCGUCUCGUAUGUAUCUGCAACCUGACGAGCUAGAAGAGGAGGAGGACGAGGUGGAGCUGGAGCGCGGACCUACGCCGCCCGUACGGGGAGCAGCUUCCUCACCUGCCGCUGUAUCCUACAGUCACCAGUCCACCGCGACCCUCACCCCGUCCCCUCAGGAGGAGAUGCAGCCCAUGCUGCAGGAUAACCCUGACCUACACGAGCGCAGGCGACUCUUGGUGAGCCCACCCCCUCCACCACGCCCCCUCUCCCCUCCGCACACAUACGGCUACAUAUCCAGCCCCCUGGGUCUGGACACGGACGGCCUGGAGGAAGAAGAGGACGAGGAAGAGGGUGACGAGAUGGAUGCGGAGGUGGCUCGAGUCCACCAGCUCCACACCCACCCUCACCAGCAGCACUUGCCCCAGCAGAGGGCUCUCCUGCGGGGCCUGGAACAGACCCCGGCCUCCAGCACCUGUGACCUGGAGAGCUCUGUCACCGGGUCUAUGAUCAACGGCUGGGGCUCAGCUUCAGAGGAGGACAACGCCUCAUCGGGUCGUUCCAGCGCCGUCAGCUCAUCGGACGGAUCUUUCUUUACCGAUGCUGAUUUUGCCCAGGCUGUAGCAGCUGCGGCCGAAUAUGCUGGUUUACGAGUGGCAAAGCAUCCUGGGAAAGGCCACCAUCAGCUUCCAGUGUCUGGAGCAGCACGGAAAUACCAAAACCUCCCUGUGGGACACCGUCCAGGCAGCCCAGUGUCCACAGACAGUAAUGUUAGUGCAGCCCCGGGUCAGAGGAGGCCUCUAAAGAGGCAAAAACAACAUCCAGCUGCUCAGACAGGCUAUCAGCGCCGAGAGUCCUACUCAGAGGUCUUGGUGAGCCCACCCCCUCCACCACGCCCCCUCUCCCCUCCGCACACAUACGGCUACAUAUCCAGCCCCCUGGGUCUGGACACGGACGGCCUGGAGGAAGAAGAGGACGAGGAAGAGGGUGACGAGACGGAUGCGGAGGUGGCUCGAGUCCACCAGCUCCACACCCACCCUCACCAGCAGCACUUGCCCCAGCAGAGGGCUCUCCUGCGGGGCCUGGAACAGACCCCGGCCUCCAGCACCUGUGACCUGGAGAGCUCCGUCACCGGGUCUAUGAUCAACGGCUGGGGCUCGGCUUCAGAGGAAGACAACGCCUCGUCGGGUCGCUCCAGCGCCGUCAGCUCAUCGGACGGAUCUUUCUUUACCGAUGCUGAUUUCGCCCAGGCCGUGGCAGCUGCGGCCGAAUAUGCUGGUUUACGCGUGGCAAAGCAUCCUGGGAAAGGCCACCAUCAGCUUCCAGUGUCUGGAGCACGGAAAUACCAACACCUCCCUGCGGGACACCGUCCAGGCAGCCCAGUGUCCACAGACAGUAACGUUAGCGCAGCCCCGGGUCAGAGGAGGCCCCUAAAGAGGCAAAAACAACAUCCAGCUGCUCAGACAGGCUACCAGCGUCGAGAGGCCUACACAGAGGAUCUCCCCCCUCCUCCGAUUCCUCCUCCGGCUAUGCUGAAGUCUCCAACACACCCGGCCAAAACCAUCCCGGAGGGCCCACGGGGGGCCAUGUCGCCCAGAUCCAGUUCUGCUGAUGGCAAGGACAAGUGGACAGGUUCGGGCGGACCCAGACCCCGGGAUGGCUCGGACACCCGGACCAGCUCUUCGGAACGGCGUGAGGGCCAGGAUGUACAGAAGGGUCAGAGGACGGGGAAAAGCAGCAAACAAGAUGCCGGUGCAAGCCAUAAGAGCCGCCAGCACCCAGGAUCAGAGGACAUCCUACCUUACAGUCGCCCAUCUUUCCCAGCCGUCCACAGUCCUCGUGGAGAAAGAGACCCCAGCUCCUCCAGUUCACUGUCCUCUCGAGGGUCCGGUGGACGGCGGAGAGGUGAAGGGGCUCCGGGGGCCCGCAGAAACCCUGCAGAUGUUGGGCUAAACACCAUAGGAGCCUUCCAGACAGGAGGGGAGGAGCUUGAGAUGAUGGAGAGCUGAAGAUAUAAAAAAAUAUGGCUGUCUAAAGUUCCUCAGCAACCAUCUUCAGCGCAUUUUGACCAUCUCGGUGGUAUCUUUUACUGAAAACUACCGACCCAGAGUCACGUUUGGAAAACUGACCAGCCAUUCUUCAUUUAUUUACCUUAAUUUUCAAUGUGCAUUUAAAGAAGAAAAAAGACAGAAGAAAACAAAAAACAAAAAAACGAAGGGUGCAUUUGAGAGGGGCUAAAGCAGUUUUGUUUUGAUUCCAAUGCAAUAUGAUGCAUCCGUUAGCUCCUGAAAACGAUUAUGGCUUUGUUCACCUUGGCGAGAAGGUUGUCAGUCAGCUGAUACUGUAAUGAAACUCCAGGCACAAAGGGACUGGCUGACAUGUACAUACACGUGUAUACAUAUCUAACUGUCUUUUAUAAUCCAUUGUGGUGCAUUAAAUUUGUCUUCCUUGGCUUAUUUGAAUAAUUUUAAAAUUACGCCAGUUAAUAUAAUUUUUUUUUAUAGCCACCAUCCUGGUUGUAAAUUGUCAUAGUGUUUAAACUGCCCCAGGAAAAGUGCCACAUUUUGAGAGUUAUUGUUUGUUCGUUUUUGUUUUUUGUAAUGCACUGUUAUUCUUUUUUGUCAUUGUCGAUGUUUGUUGUUCUAUGUUUGACUUUGGUUUUAAAAGCACAAUCACUAAACUUUAUGUUGAACCAUGUUAUUGAUUAACCUUUUUGUCUUACGCGAGGGGAGCGCGGACGGUACGACAAAAGGCCUUGUUAAACCUGUUGAUGUAGGGUUAUGAGAAAAGAAAAAAGAAUAAGCUGUUUACAAACGAGUGAAUGAAUGGAAACGAAUCCCUGCAUCCUUACCUUCGGUGUCUUUUCCAGAUUCUCAUUCCAGCUCCAGACAUCCUGCAAAAAUGAAAUAAAUAUACAGGAAUUAAUGCAGGGAUGUUGUGUUUACGAAAGUAUUGCUCCACCUGUGCACUUUCGUUAUUAA